GAAAACUUCGAAAUGGUAAUUUUGGAUUCGAAAUUGUGUGAGACUAUGCUCGCUUUGUCUAAGUCUCCAAUUUUGAUUUCUGUCCUAGCUUUAUGUGACUUAUGUUGUAUCGUAGCUGCUCCGCUACUAAGCUACUGGCUAGUACGAAUAUGGAAAGUGAAACUGAUGCAUUACAACUCUAGAAUGCUUCUUUGCUUCCAUAUCGCUUGCCUACUUCUCCACGUGCUCGGCCGAGCAUUUCUCCAUAGCACGGAUCUGAUAAUCUUUGCUACCUCAUCCAGAAUCUGCGAUGUUGUGCACACCAGAACCCAGUGUUUUUUUCUUCGCUUGCCCUUCAAUGUAGCCAUGUUUGCGGCAAACUGUUCGGCUAUCUUUGCUUCAAUCGAACGUUUGAUAGCAACGCUAAACAUCCGAAACUAUGAAAAAGGUUUUCGAAAUGUUGGUCACUAUUUGUUAUUGUCACAGAUUAUCAUGAGCGCUUGCCUUCUUGGCAUCAUGUACUCCCAAACUCGGCUGGACGACACUCCUUUGAUUUACUGUCAAACUACUUCACCAACGAAUUACAUGUGGACUGUCUACCCUUUUGCAUUCCAAAUGAUUCUACAGAUCCUAUCUGUGCUGUUAUUUGAAGUGGCUGACAGAAAAAACAAGAUAUGUUCGCUAUCAAAUGCUCGGAGGUCUGGUACGCUGUCUGGAAAGUUCCAGCUUGAGGAGAACUUGUGGACUAUACGAACGCUGAAAGCUUACGUGUACUUGAAUUCAUGUAUCACAGCAACGUAUCUAAUCACUAUGUGCAUUAUCCUCUUCAAAAAUGAGUUACUCACAAGGCCUACUUAUUAUUCUCUCAUAGAAGGGACAAGCGGGAUGUAUCUCUAUUCCUUGGCAUUACCACUGUUACUGUGGUACACUCGCAAAGAUGUCAAGAAUGAAAUUCGUUCAGCUGUCAAUCAGGCAGCCUCUACAAACUCUGAACAACUUUUUAGAGAGCUUCAGUUGUCUUGGAGCUCACAUUGGAACAUUAGAAGUGUCAGUCACAGAAAUUACUAA